AUGCAGCUCGCUUGCUCCAGCAGUGUGCGGCUGACGGGGCCUCGGCCCUUCAGUGCCACCCCUUCCCGUCAUGGGAGGUCUCGUGCCCCAUGCCCCCGGAUCUACGCCGAGGAUGGCGCUGCCGCCAAGAAGGUCGCGGAGAAGAAGCCAGAGUCGAAGAAGCCCUUUAGCCCGCCCACCCUCGACCCCGACACGCCGUCUCCCACUUUCGGGGGAAGCACGGGUGGCCUGCUCCGCAAGGCUCAGGUGGAGGAGUUCCAUGUGAUCACCUGGAACUCCAAGAAGGAGCAGGUGUUCGAGAUGCCCACAGCAGGCGCGGCCAUCAUGCGUGAGGGCCCCAACCUUCUGAAGCUGUCCCGUAAGGAGCAGUGCCUGGCGCUCCUCACCCAGCUGCGCACCAAGUUCAAGAUCGACGGCGCCAUCUACCGUGUCUUCCCCAACGGCGAGACCCAGUACCUGCACCCCAAGGAUGGCGUGUACCCCGAGAAGGUCAACCCUGGCCGCAAGGAGGUGAACGCCGUCUUCAGGCGAAUUGGGUCCAACACCAACCCCGCAAAGGUCAAGUUCACCGGCAAGCCGACGUACGAGGUGGAGGCAUAG